CGAGUGUAAACAAGUUGCAAGUGAAGCACACUGGGAGCGCAGGGCUCCCGCUCCUCUAGUCUCUCCUCUGUGGACAAUUUACUAAACUGAAGAAGAAACUACACACAUAAUAAAAGAAGCUGCUGAUGUAGUGGAAGAAUAUAUAUACCUGCAUAAAGAAGCAUGGAACUGGUGUACAUUGUAUCUGAGAAACGUUCGACUGACGACUCUCACUUACCCUCGUUAUACAAUGGAGGAGGAGUCUGCACAGUUUCUUCAAAGAAUAUAGUUGCUUUCACACGCAUGACAACAAGGCAAGAUGCUUACAGACACCGCAUACCAGUCUGUAAUGUGUGUGUUAUGGAUCUUAAUUGUCCGUAUGAACCACAUGUAAUUUUAGAGUCUGCGAACACGGUAAUCUCCCUGGUGUUCAAUAGUGAAGGCUCUCAACUCCUUGUGGUGCUAAGUUUGGGAACAGUACAUCUUUACACCAAAGGUUCAAGUCUACAUGAGUGGAAGUCCACUUGCACAUGUGAUUGGGAUGGUGAAGAUAUUCUCCAUAUAAACUUCUUCCAUGGAGGAAUUAGGGCAAGUCUUCAAGCCAAUGAUGUAAAAGUCCAUUCCCUUUACACUGAAAAAUUUGUUGCACAGCAGCAUAAACCUACUCUUGUAGACCAUGGCCAGUGUGCUAAAAAUGGCUUCUUUGCUGUGUCUGCUUCAGGACUAUUGCUUGUGUGUGUGUUGACACAUGAGGGCAGUGUCAUGGCAGAAAAGAAGAUUGUCUUGGGUCAGACCCGGGACAAUUUCACUGUUGCUGCUGCUUCAUUAUCACCAAGUGGACACAUCCAUAUAGCCACCUGGAAGCCUGAAAUGAUAAAGUGCUGGCGUGCAGAACUCAAGAUGGUAGACCAGGACAGUGGUGGAGGGAAGGGUGACCUUAAUAUAACUAUCGGAGCUGCUCAGUCUUUCUGUCCAUCACGAUCUGGGACUACCUGGCAUAGUUCUAAAAAAAGUGAAGGGCUAGUACAAGUGACCUGUUUAAGAUAUACAGAAUUAGAAGAUCCAAAUAGUUUGCUGGUCUCUCUCACUGUAGAGAAACCAACUGAGGUGUCUCCAACACAACAGCCAAAUAACACAUGUAGCCCAGGCAGAGUUUCUCAUGUUGUUCAGAGGUAUCAACUGCAGGACCAGGUGCGCCCUCUGCUCAAGCUCUUCAAACCAAAAUCUGAUGUAGCAGGCAUUUCAAUUAAGGAGUGGACAUGUGUUGGAGAAUGGGUUUGCAACAGCCAUGUGGUCGCACUAGGAACUGCCCCUCGGCACCUGUUGCCAGGUCCACUAGGUGCUCAGCUCCCUUUCAUUAUCACUGCUGCCACUGCUGAUGCCUUCAUCUAUUCUAUCAACAGAGAUACCAUGCAACAGAUGAGCAGUCACAGUUUACUGAAUAUUCGAGGUAGUGGUGACGAGGCUCCAGUCAGUAAACGCAUGUCUAUUGACCGUCGUCUUGUCUCCCUUGCACACACUUGGAGUGGCUUUUCUGUCCUAGCAAUGGAUACCUCAGGCAGUCUUCACUUCAUUACACUUAUGAGACCUUCUGAUGUAGGUCCACAGUGGGCAAUAUCGGUGAUUCUGUUAUUGGAAUUUGCUUUGGUUAGUGGCAGUGAUUGGUGGGAUUUACUGGUAUCCACACCUCCUACAUCUGUACCAACCUUAACAGAAAAACUUUCUGAAACCUUUCACCAGCAUUCUGCCCCCAUCAUUCAGCAUCUCCACACGCGAUUUCUUGUUAUGAAAACUUCUAUGUUAAGACUGCUUGGAAGUCAGCAACAAAAGGCAAUAGAAUCUCGACUACAAGCUCAACUAACGGCAACACAACAACUUUUUAGAUCUUUUCGUCCUGUUACAUGUGAUGUUGCCUCGGCAGAUAAAAAUAUAAGUGCAUCUGUCCAAGCAUACUUAGAAAGUCGCUCUUCUCUUGAAUUUCUGGAUAUUGAAAAGUCAUUGGAUCAUUUGUGCAGUUCUGUAAAUAUCAAAGACUGUCAAGUUGAUCCAGGACAGUUGCAGAACCUUCAGCCAUUAUUGCAGUUUUCAGCAGAUCUUGCACUCUUUAUCCUCUUUAUGCUGGCCCAGAAUAGUAAGUUUGAGCUAGCACGAGAUCCCAAAAUAGUGCAGAGCCUUCGAGAGCUGAUUUUUGUGGCACGAUUAUGGCACCGUCAGAAUAAAUUGGUUUUGCCACGGAUGUUCCACAAGACACAGUCUGUUGAUGUUUGGGCACAGAUCUAUAAGAUUUUGACCAGAUUGGCACAGAUUCUUCCUGCAGAGCCAGACUCAAGUUUAAUAGAUGAAUGUGUGUUAUUGGAGACUCAAGUGGUGUGUCGUGAGUUGCCCCUGCAUGUUCCUGCACGAGGGGUUCUGGCAGACUUGACAUCAUCGGCACCAACGCCACUUCAGUAUGAGUUUGGUCAAGGGGAGACCAGCAGCAUGAGUAAUGCUGGUGUGCAGCCUCGUAUAUUGGAAGGAGCACUACCUCCAUUGCAGAUGUUGGACCCUCUUCAUUACCAUUAUAUUGCACCUCAAGAGGCAAAAUUCAACUGUACACGAUGUUGUAGUGUGCGAGCCAGUUGGUGGGGAAAUUCUGCGAGUGUGUGGGACCAACAGUGGGCUUCCAACUGUAUAUGUUCUGGCCAUUGGGCACAGCCUCCUGUCGCUCCAUCCAAAGCUGCCUAAAUGGAAGUUUUUGGAAUGUGAUGCUUAGUGUAAAAUAGGUAUAAGACAAGGUUUAGAAUAUGGCCAAGUUUUUUAUUAGAUCCUGUUUGAUAUUUCCACAUUUUCUGAAGAAGAGUCCUAGACAUUACUUUGUUUCAAAGUUUCAUAAUCUUUUGCUGGUACUGUAUAUUGAGAAUAAAGACAUACUUUAAGCCUGAUAUAUUACAGAUGACAUUGAGCUGGAAAAAGCAAUAUUACUUAUAUGAACAUUAGGUAUAUCUCGUAAUCACACUGGUAUGAUAUAUUCACUAGAAUGCUGGUUCAAAUCUCCGCAUUCUUCCAAUUUAUUUUCUCAUUGGGUAUAUGUUAUUUUUCUUAAGUUAGUCAAGUUUUCCAACACAGAAUGUCAUAAGCAUUGUGUUAAGAAAGGUUUAAUUUUUUAUGGUAACCUUUAUUAAGAGAAUUCGUAACGUAAUUGAAAUUGAAAUAAGUUUAUUGAGGUAAAAUACACACAAAGGGAUGAGGUAGCUCAAGCUAUUCUCACCCCGUUCAGUACAUCGUGUUAAUACAUACAUAGAUACACAUCACAAACAAUAAACAUAUUACCAAACAUUCUGAGAGAUAAACAUAUACAUUCCUCCUUAACACAAGUAGUAUGGUAUCAGACAUACACACAAAUAUUUGUAUGACCUAGGUAUACUGUAUAGACACAUAAUGUAAUUGUUUCACAAUAAAAAAGGGUAAAGCAGUUUCCUUGACUUUAAAAUUAUAUUACAUAUCCAGGAUUGUUACACUGCAAGUUUAGGGUUAGGAACUAAUGUAACUUGAACUGUUCAGUUAAACUGCUAUUAGUUUAUCUUAACUUUAUUAAACACAUGAUAAAUUUAACAUCACCAUAAAUAAAUAAAUAAAACAAAACAUGCUAGAAUAAAGCUUCUCUCAUUAAGUGAAAAUUAAUAUACUUUCAAGAUUCCUUAGAAUGUACGGUUUUGUGAGAUGUCGAUGUAGCCAGAUGUGCGAGUGCAAUACUUACUCAUUUUCCUAUUAAGUAGGUGAUAGUAUACUGAAAGUUUGUGGUUAAACAAAAGCCUUAAUGAUAAGCAUGAUUAUAGGAAGCAAGGUACCAACUUUGCAUUAGGUAGUCUUUAUUCCAGACUGACCUAACUCUUUGCUUGUGAGAUGCUGGCCUUGCAAGAAUUUUUUAUAUGAUUUUUCCACCUUAAAGUGUCAUGUGAUAGUAUACACAUUUUAAGUUAUAUGUAACUUUUUUUCAGUUUAUAACAUAUUAUUAACUUUAGUUUAUAACAUUUGUACAUAAAUAAUAUUAGAUUAGUUUGCCAUUAUAAGCAGGUGAUAUGAUUGUAGAAUUUCUUCAUACUGUAGCUUCAGUAAUGUUUUAUUGUAUCUGCAAAGGUUCACGUCAGUAUGAUGAACUACACAUCUUGUCCGUCAAGUUGGACCAUUUAUCUCCAGUUAUCAUGUUUUGAAGUACAAUUAUUCAUAUCUGAACACAACAUUCACACAACUAAAAGAAACCUAUAUGUAAUUAUUACUAUCAUUUAAGCUACACUGUUAUACAAUAUAACUUAAAUGAGUAUUAAUGUCAUCUUUUCAAUGCUGCUCUAUUUUUUGCUUUAUGAUUUAUUAUAUAGCUCCUUUGAUUUUCAGGUCUUGUGAGUGCAUUACUCUUGUUUUAUGAAUUAUAUAUUAGUGUACGUAUAUAUCUAUAUACAGAGUAGUGUACAUUAUUUUGUAAUAUUGUAGAUAAAUGUAAUUUUGUAUAAGAUGUACAGUAUUUUAGACAGAUUAUGUGCCCAUUCGCUUGUGGAAUGUUGCCAAAAGGGGAAGGUUGAUAGGCUUCCAAUUGCUGCUUCACAUUAAUUUAAUGAUAUUUUAGCUUGGUGCUAGAACAAGAGUAAAGGGCCUGCAUAAUGGCCGAUCUUUUAGAGGACAGGCAUCCAUUAUUUUGCAUAUGAAUUAUGUUCCUGCAAAAUCUAAUUUAGUUCUAGGGGUCAAAUAAGGCUAGGUUUCAGAGACUUCUAAAAGUUAUUUUUUCCACUCUUCAAUAAAACACCUAUUUUAACAUUAGUAUUUAAUAUUUAAUGCUCCAUCCUAUUUCCAGCCACAAAUACACUACACAAUGAAGUCCAGAAUUCUUGGGUUGUCCAAAGAUGCAAGAAUAUAACCAAAAUGUUUGUAAAAUACACUACUGUAGUGUGUGCAGAAUCCCAAUGCAUUUGAGAACCAAAUGUUAAACCAAAGAAUUAGUCUAUUAUCUGCGUUAAUUUGUUCUUAACCCACGUAAUAUCACUAAAAUUUGAGUCUUUAUAUGCAAGUGCUUAGACCGUAAUUUACCCGAAUCUACAUAACCUAGUUCUAUAUCACAUAAAUUGCAGGUCACAAACAUCCAUUUUUUCUGUACUCAUUCAUGUGCUAGAUAUGUUUUGAUAUUGGCUUUAUUUACCAAGUCUUUUGUUUACAAAAUUUGAGUGUUUAUAAGGUAGUCUCGAUAAGAAUACAAUAUAGCUUUAUCUUUUGCUUUGCUUUUCUUACAAGAGCUUGUCAUUCAACAUCUUGAGAAUUCCUCAUCAUAAUGACAUGAAACUUAAAGCAUACAAGUUCGAGCAAAAUAGCAUGUAUGGCUGGUAUAAAAAUUUUGUAAUCCAGUCUACAACAGUUAUUGUUUUUAUUUCUUUGCAGUAUAUUGAGAAAACUUCAUCACAUUGACUUGACAUCAUUUGUGUCAUAUGAUUAAUUUUGGGUUCCACAAUACAGUUUGUUGAAUAUGUUGGCCCAAGCCCAAAAUUUCAUCACUAGUUAGGCUGCCAAGUCCUAAACCAUCCCACAACUAACACACCCCAUAUCCCACACUUGCCUUCUCAUUCUUUAUAUCCUUCUUGUUGUAUCAGUGAUCCACAACCAUCUACACCCAACCAUGCACCCACCCAAUACACCAAUACCGAGUUCCCCAUCUUUUCAUCCAUCAUAUCACAAAUAAUUUUCUCUGUUUAUCACUAUUUUAACACAGUAGGUACAGAGGGGAGGAAAAGAGAAGCAUUUUUGUUCUAAAAAUAUAAAUAGUCUUGGUUGUAGUGUUAGAUAUGCCUGACAUAGGACCUGAGGAUUGUCUCCUUUGAUUGGAUGGAAUCAAAAUAUUUAGUUAAUUUUUAGAUCAGCGAAGGAUAAGUUGCAAUACCACGGUUGUAAUAAAUAAACAUUAAACCCACACUUAAAGAUUUGAGAUGGUGAUAUUUUGUCUAUCCUGGACCAUUACAUACUUAAAACUCGGUUCCAACUUAUGAUAGUGAACUACACAUCUUGUCUGUCAAGUUGGAUCAUUUAUCUCCAGUUAUGAUGGUGAGCUGCUAUUAGUCCAUGGUUCAGGAUUAAUUGUAGCAUAGUUACUUUUCCAUUAUUAUAGUAGAGUUCUGUGUUUAUUUAAUUCAAAAAUCUUUUUAGUUAAUAAAUACUUACUUUUGAGAAUUAAAUGAUUUGUGUAUUAAGUCUGAGCCAGUCUGUUAAGUCAUCCAUUCAUGGAUUUACUAGACUUCUUUAAUAACAACAGUGUCGUGUUGAGAUCAGAGCUCUAAUAGAUGAAGGUAGCGCCAUCAUCAAAAAGUAUUGAUUUGAAGUACUAGGCAGAUGCAGGUAGGAAUCUGGUGACUUCCAGAAUAUGAAUGAAUAAAACUACUGAAAAUUUAUAGAUUAAUACCAAUUACUACUGUACAGUACUGACUAGUAUAGUUCAUGUCAACCAUGCAACAGUGCUAUUAAAUAUUUGAAAAGUUGACUAGCUUCCCAUGUAAUUACAAUAUCCACUAAAAUAAUUGUGGUGGAAAAAGAAGGACCUAUGUAUAUGAAAUUAGAAUAAAUAGAAAAGUGCUUGAAGCUGCUGCUGUUUAAAUAUCUACUGUGAGUGAACAAAUGAGUAAUCUAUGUAUGUCAAGUUUUAAGUUAAGCGUGUUGAGAAGAAUAAGAUAAGGAAUGCUGCUCGAGAGCUACAUAAGGAGUGGUGGUAUCCAGCCUUUUAGGUUUUUGUGUAACCUUAAACCAUUUUAGCUCCCAAAACAUUAAUUACAUUUACAUUUAUCCUGAAAUACUGUAGUUAAUGUUUUAUUGUAAUUGUCAGACUAUGGCAUUCUCUAACAAGUAUCUUACAUCUCUCUUGUAAAUAUAGAUUUAUCUUUUGUGUGUUCUAGAUGUUAACAAUACAUUUUUAUUAUGAAUAAAUAAUUCCAUAAGAUGC